UUCUCAGCCUCUUCCUCUUCUCCAGAAUGUAUAGUGAGAUGUUGGUGGUGGCUAUGGCUAUGGCUUGCUGCUGCUCACCGGAGACGGAGAGAAUUCACUCCACCAAAGCUUACUCAGGCAACCCUGAGGCUUAAGCAUGUCACCUGAGCACCCUCUCCUCGCCGCCGCCCGCCACCGCCUCCGCCUCCGCCUCCCCUUCCCCUUCCCUGGAUCCAAUCCCAAUCCCAAUCCCAAGCAGCAGCAGCAGCGCAAGCCCGACUGCCUCCUCCACCUCCAUGUCGUUGUCACCAAUUUCCUCCACAAGCCCCUCUCUGGAGACCUCCUCUGCAUUGCCUUCGACGCCUUAGCCCAUAACCUACGCCUGCUGGACCACAAAGCCAAGGAAUUCCAACCGCAUCUCCACCAAUUAGAGUCAGCAAUCCGUGGGAAGAAGGCCGAUUUCGAUGGCUUCCUCUCCAAUUUGGGUUUCGCCAAGGUUGGGGGCCAUGGCAUCACCGGCACCGGCACCGGCACCCCACCUCCAGCCUCCGUCUCCGACGACGACGACCAACCUCAAGAUAUUGUGACUGCUAAUGAUGAUACUCCACCACUGCCACACAGAUUACCUGUUCGCCUGCUCAACAUCCCCUUGUCCAACGUCGAGCGGCUGCGCUCCACACUUUCCACGGUUUCACUCACCGAGCUGAUUGAGCUACUUCCCCAGCUGGUUGGCAGGUCAACCACAUCACCCGAUGCCCAUCCUGAUAAAAAGAAGCUCUUCUCUGUGCACGACUUCUUCAGAUAUGCUGAAUUUGAAGGAAAGCGAUUCUUUGAGGAGUUGGACAGAGAUUGCGAUGGUCAAGUCACUCUAGAAGACCUUGAAAUUGCAAUGAGAAAGAGGCGAUUGCCGAGGAGGUAUGCUCGGGAAUUUUUACGGCGCACCAGAAGUAACUUGUUUUCAAAAUCAAUUGGGUGGAAACAAUUUCUAUCCUUGAUGGAGCAGAAGGAGCCAACAAUACUGCGUGCAUACACAACACUGUGUUUGAGCAAGUCUGGGACACUUCACAAAAAUCAAAUCCUUGCAUCUUUAAAAAGUGCAGGCCUUCCAGCCAAUGAAGAUAAUGCUGCUGCCAUGCUGCGGUACUUAAAUGCAGAUUCAGAACAAUCCAUCUCAUAUAGCCAUUUUCGCAAUUUCAUGCUCCUGCUUCCUUCAGAGCGCCUUGAAGAUGACCCUCGGAACAUUUGGUUUGAAGCUGCUACUUUGGUUGCUGUCCCACCACCUGUAGAGAUAUCGACAGGAAGUGUUCUGAAGUCUGCGUUAGCUGGAGGUCUUGCUAGUGCACUUUCUACCUCCAUGAUGCAUCCCAUUGAUUCAAUGAAGACACGUGUACAAGCAUCUUCACUUUCAUUUCCAGAUCUCAUAUCAACACUUCCACAAAUAGGGAUCCGAGGACUUUAUCGGGGCUCUAUCCCUGCAAUUCUUGGACAGUUUUCAAGCCAUGGUUUGAGAACAGGGAUAUUUGAGGCAAGCAAGCUUGUCUUGAAAAGUGUUGCUCCAACACUUCCAGAUAUUCAGGUUCAAUCACUCUCUUCCUUCUGCAGCACCAUCCUUGGAACAGCAGUCCGUAUUCCUUGUGAGGUUCUCAAGCAGCGUUUGCAGGCUGGAAUCUUCAAUAAUGUAGGGGAAGCCAUUGUUGGCACCAUGCAAAAAGAUGGUCCAAAGGGCUUCUUUCGUGGGACUGGGGCCACUCUUUGCCGAGAGGUUCCUUUCUAUGUUGCCGGAAUGUGCCUUUAUGCAGAAGCUAAAAAGGCGGCACAACAUGUCUUGAACAGAGACUUAGAACCAUGGGAAACUGUUGCAGUGGGAGCGUUUUCUGGAGGACUUGCAGCGGUUGUCACCACUCCCUUUGAUGUGAUGAAGACUCGAAUGAUGACUGCUCCACCAGGCACACCAGUCACCAUGCAGUUGAUAGUCUUCUCCAUCCUUCGAAACGAGGGUCCUCUUGGGCUGUUCAAGGGUGCAAUCCCUCGCUUCUUCUGGAUUGCUCCUCUUGGAGCAAUGAACUUUGCAGGCUACGAACUCGCCAAGAAAGCAAUGAUCCAAGCUGAGAGUGAUUCCACAGACUCUCUACAUGAGAAGAGAACCACAUAUGGCUGACAUAUCCAAAUUCACCUGGUUAUUCUAUAUGGUGUAAAGAAACGACAGAAGCCAUGCAACAGAAAUGUUUUUGCCCUUGUAGCCAAGAACUAGAACUAAUUUUUGACAUUGCCUUGUUGAUACCUGUACCAAAUACUAGGUUCUUAUGUCCUUCACAGCGCAGAAGAAUUAUUUGUCGAAAUUUCCAUUUACAUAGGCCUUUACACCACUGUAUAGUAGAUGACACAACUAGAGGAGCAGACAUGCUGCACUUUCUUGCAGAGUUCAUCUGUUAGUUAUUCCUUCAACAAUCUAAAGUUUUGGUGUCAUGUUCUUUAAUUUUCUUCGUGAUUAAUUAGAUGGAUUGCGAUAAU